UUGGUCAUUAAGGUUCAUUUUCAGUGCAAAGCACCCCACAUUAGACCCCACUAGCUUCCUCAACAUGUUUUCUAGAUCUUGAACCUACUCUCAACCUCUAAGCCACACACAGUUGGACCAUUCUAUAAUUCCCCUAUAUAUACACACACAAAACCCCAAUCAUCUCCUAAACUUGUAACCACAAAUAUUCUCCUAGUAAUUUCAUCAAACACCUUCACUACAAUUCAAAAAUCAUUUAACUUUUGCUAAUAAUUUCAAGAUUUUCACUUGUGAUAAUGGGCAGAUUUAUGUUCUCUUGUUCUAUUUUCAUUACAGUCUUGAUUUUAGAAGCAACGGCGGAGAAAAAAUCUGAGAUUUCUCCGUCAUUUCCAAGAAAGCUUACUAUUAAAAGAGUAGCAGAGAGCAGAAUUGCAAAUCCUUCAUUUUUCAAAGGUAGAAUUGCAGAGUUGUUUGUAGAAGGAGAAAAUGAAAUUGGUGAAGGACCCUCGGGGGCUGAAGCUCCGGAGAGUAAUAAUAUUCUGAAACUGAGGCAUCAUCAUUCUACUGAUAAGUCUGUUGCUGGAGGAGGAGUCAUUAUUGGUGGACUUGUUACUGCUAUUUUUGCUGCUGUUUAUUGUUAUAUUCGAGUCACUAGAAAGAAAGAAAAUAUGUAAAUUAUCAUAGGUUAAGAAUUAGGAAAAUUAUUACACUCCUAAUUAAAAUGCAAAUUGAGGAGAUUUUAAGCUAA